GUUGUGAUUCUGGUCAUGCUGCUUGUUAUGAAUGCAGUGUUAGUUGGUAGGAGGUUCAGCAUGGAGUUCCGGCUUGUCUUCUGGCUGAUCAAUGGGCUGAUAUUCGUAACGUUCAUCUCCAUCCUCGUAACCUUAAGAGCAAUCACCCACACGACAGCUCUCGACAUCUUCGUCUGCAUCCUUGCUUUCAUGCCGAUUGGAUGGGCCCUGCUUCUGAUUGCCCAAGCAAUCAAGCAUGUCAUCGAGAUAGUUCGGCUAUGGGGAUCGGUAAAGGCCCGGGACUACGAGAUCCUCAUGGGGGUCCUCCAGUUCACGCCCAUCACGUUCCUCGCAAGGUUCACAUUCGUGUUCGAGUGCACCCGGAACAAGGAGUAG